AUGCCAUCGCAAAAAUAUAAAUCGGUCACUAAGAGUCGAUUUGGUGGAUUUUAUAAUCGUAAAAAUUCAAACAAUUCUGUUGUAGGUCUUGGAAAUAAAUACGAUGAAGAAUCGAACCAGAAUUCACACUCAGAAAUGGAAAAUGAGAGUUAUGUGACGGAUUCGAUGGAAUUUGAUGAUAAUUCAAUCGCUAAGUCCAAUAAUGGAAUAAAAAACAUAUCCAGUGAUCACACACCUAGUGGUUCAGUGGAUAGCUCAAUUUACAGCGAAACUGAGAGAAAUGGCAAGAGUCAGAACGUUAAAACUGAAGCUAACGAACCACAAGAGAAACUGGACAAUUACUUUUCAAAACACUUAAAAUUGGAUAUCAAGGGCAACAGUACUUACUCUAUGUGGAAGUUAAAUCCAGAAACAGGAGAUUCCGAAUUUGACCCUGGGCCAAAUGCCAUAGAUUUUUACUGCAAUUAUUGUAAAACAUCGCUGCCUCUUGGCCGAGUAAGAAUACAUUGCGUUGAAUGUCCUGAUUAUGAUUUGUGUGUUCAGUGUGCUUGCCAUGGGUCUGCAGAUCAGGGCCAUUUACCAAGUCACAAAUAUAUCCCUAUUGGCCCCAAUAAGUUCUUUUUGUUUACUAAAAAUUGGACUGCGGAUGAGGAAAUAGUCCUGCUUGAGGGUAUUGGUAAAUAUGGAUUUGGUAAUUGGAAACAAGUAUCAGAUAUGAUAUAUGAUGUUAUUGGUCAGAGUGAAAUGGUAAAAUCGCCCCAAGAGUGCGAGGCACAUUAUAAUGAGGUGUAUUUGAGGAGUAAAUUCGCACCAUUUCCAGACAUAUCGAAAGUAGAAUCUCUUCCCAGUUCUAAUGAUACUAGUGUUAUUAAUAAGAAGAUAUUAAGCACUGAGAUUGAGAAGGAAAUCAAUGAUUACACAAAGGAGUCUAAUCUAUCAGGCAAUGCAUUUUAUAAAGAUGCUAUGGAACCUUCAAUGUCCCACCCAGAAUAUUUACCUAGUGCUUGGGAACCAAAUUUAGUUAACAUCUCCAUGCCAUUUUCAAGCUCUUCUAGCGGUAAUUUCACCACAACUUUUCAAGGGGUGCAACCUUUCCGCAGAGAGUUGGAAGAUGAGCAUGAUAAUGAUGCGGAAUUGCUGAUUAAGGAUUUGGAAUUCGACCCGACAGAUACACCUGCUGAAAUCCAACUGAAACUCCGACUGGUGGAGCUGUAUAAUAGCAGACUAGAUGAGAGGAUAUUUAGGAAGUUGCAUAUCCUCCACAGAUCUUUCCCUUUACAUACCUAUCCAUCUGCUGCACCUACGUACCAAACCUUCAAGAGUAACUGGUUUGAUUGCUUUCGAAUCAACCAUCGCGACUUAAGUGAUGAAAACGAGUUGAAAGUUGCCAAUGAAAUUGCUCCACUUUUUAGAUUCCAAAAUAAAGAAUUCCAUUUGAAGAUGGUCAAAUUAUUGAUAUUGAGAAAUGACAUAAUGAAACGGUUAGAUAAGUUGAAGGAAUGGUCAAGAUUGGGCUUAUACAAUAUUAAUGAAAUAAAGCAAUUUGAGCGUAUAAACAUUGAAUUUGGAAACACAAGUAAAGGUAGCCGUCGUUUCUUCAGGAGGCCACCACAAACGGGACUAAUGAUAGAAAAUGAUUCACUAUCACUGGACCUGAGCGCUGUGUUCAAAAACGAUUUCAAGUUAUCAGAGAAACAAUUUGAGAGCCUCCUUGAUAGCAUAUCAAGUUUACCUCCCCCCGAGACGCCACUUCAGAACGAAAAUUUCGUGUUGGAGCCCGUCUGCAAUGCCACUAUACAAAUGAUGAAUACCCACACAAAGAACCUUAGGGGUGAUGAUCCCCAGCCAUUUGUUGCAACCAAACGCAUUACCAGGCCUGAACAUUUUGAACAGUUGGCGCCUUUAUUCACAGAAACCCUAAGCGAAUCCAAUCAGCGUAUAAUUGUUUACCAGAAAAAUGGUUUCACUGAGGGGCAUAUUACACAGGCCUGUCAGAAGUUUACUAGAAAUAAGUUGCAACGGCUUAAGGAAAUAACCCAGCCGCUGCCAUUGGCCGGAUUGGCACUUGACACCAAGUGCGACGUCGAGAUUUGCAUACUAAAAACACACCAAUUUGGGCAGUUCCGAGCCACACUAUAUAAGGUGAAUCAGGCGGAACAUCACAAGGAUCCAGCCGGUCUCUCUGGUUCCAAGCGUAAGAGAUUGAACAAGAAUGUGAGUGAUACUACUGAAUUUUUCAAGUCAAUACAGCCUCAAAUAAAGGUUAAAAAUGAUUUAAUUGGAAUAUAUUACAAGCCAGAGCGUGCCUCUUGGGUUGCUGAAACAGGGGAUUUACCAGGGGCGCGUGGAAAGUUACGGAGAAUAUUGUUUUCAAUCCAUAAACUUGGAUUUGAAUAUGCAUACUUUUGCGCAGUACAGCGUAGGGCUAAAACACUGUGGGAUUGUUAUUUUUCAAACAAUCCACAGCCACAAGUGGAUAAUACUGUGCUGAGUGUUUUUGAGCACUACUCGUCGUGGUGUAAAGCCAUACGGGCUACAAAAUUUAAUGCGCCAGCAUGUACAAUUAUGAAUUCAAAGCUGGCAUCCCAAAUUGCAUUGUAUCUAACCGAGAAUAACCUGGGGGGGAUGGAUUGUAAUAUUGGUAUGGGUGAUAUAACAUUGCCUCAUUCUCACUAG